GUUUGAGAUUAAUUAAAUUAUUAGAUAAAAAAAUCUUUUUACUGAUUUAAUUAAUAGUGAGCUAAAUUCCUAAAGAAAGAUAGAUUUUUUUAAUUUGAUAAGUAAUUUUACUUCAAUAAGCUUUGAGUAAUUGCUAAGUAUAAAUAACGAAGGUUUGUAAUUAACGCAAUAAUCACCAUAUUCAUAAGCUAAAAAGAAAAGUUAGAUGGAAUAAUUUAAUGUAAGCUCGGAGUAAUUUAAAGAGGAAACUUAAAUGUUUGACUCGGUAAAACAAAUAAUUCAAAAGUAUUUGGAGAAAAUCAUUUAUGGAUAGAAAAAAUUUUCAAAUGACUUCAUUUAUUGCUAUUUAAUAUUUCUUCUAGAAGUGAAAUAGAGUAGAAAGCUUUAUUGGUUGAGUUUUCUUAUGUGGAGAUCAAAAUCUAAAAUUAAUUAGUCUGUUAAGCAGAUAUAAAUAAUUUAAACUAUCCAAUCAAUUUUUGAGGAAGAAAAAUUAAUAAUCUAAAAAACAUAAGGACAUAUCAACCCAUUCUAUGAAGGGUUUAUUAGCGUUAUCAUGUUCGAGUAGAAAAUAGAAAUUGCUCAUAAGUUACUUGACAAAUGCAUAGGAUUAAAAUUGCUUAUUUUAAAUAUGAUGAGGUAAAAGCUGAUUGUUUUACAGGAACUUAUUAAGCUGAUUGAAAAUUAAUAAAUCUUAUUGUUUUAACUGAGAAAAAUUCUUUCUUAAUUAGCAAUAGUAAACGAAGAUAGCAUCGACCUAAUCUAAAUACAAAUUUAUUAUCUCCAGUGUCUUUCUUUUAAUGAGUCAGAUAUCAAAAUAAGUUAAUUAAACUAAUACAAGAAAUCAUACUUGAGCGAAAUUCGCAACAUAUUUCAAAAAGAUUCAUGUGUAGCGUUUAUUUAUUACGAUUUAAGUGCCAAUCAGUGCUAUUUCUCUAAGGUGUCUCAAUACUUCGAAAGAAUAUUUUCUGUUAAAAACGAGGAUAUAAUUGGUAAAAAAAUAGACUCUUUCAUCCCAAGUAAAAUUUAAGUGCAGCAUUAAUCAUACAUCAAAGAUUUCUUAGAAGAAUAGCAAUCUUAAUUACUUUAAGAUGAGGGUCAAUUUCAAUAGAAUGAAUCGGAUUAAAAAAUAAAUUUAACCUAAGAAUAAAAGAAAAAUAAUUCUUUUAGAACUUAAAAUGCGAAUUAAACAUUUUAACCUAUAUGCAAAAUGGGUAAGCAAAUGAUACUUUGCUUAAAUGGUAAAAGAAAUCUAGUUCCUGUUACCAUAGAUUUAAGAAUUAAUUCAUUAUCUUAUGAUUAAUUUGGAUUCACAGCUAACAUCAAGAAGGUUAAAAAUGCCUUUGAUUAUAUUAUGUACGACUCUAAUAAUUUUGAAAUUAUUGGACUUAGUAAAAAUAUAAACGAGUAUCUUUUUCCUGAUGUUCAUCUCAAAAAAAUUAAUUUGGCUACACUUUUCCCUUUCCUUUAAGACUCACAUACUAAGAAAGAUGAUAACAGUCAAAAUAUGGGUACUGAUUAUUUUAACUCAGAUAGGAGUACUUUCAGAGUGGUUAAGUAAAGUGAGGCUGAAAGUGAGAUUUAAAAUAAUAACUCUAAUUCUAGAAGAAGUGGAACUGUUAAUCAUUCUUCAUAUGUUCACAAAAAGAAUUUGCAUUUGAAAAAAUUUGAUUUUGUUACUAUUCUUUAGUAACCCAGAAAUAAGAAAUAUUCUACUUAUAAUUCGAGCUAUACAAAUAGUACCAGAGAUUAAAGCAUAGCCAAAAUAAAUGUAGACAAAGAUUUGAUUUUUGUUUAUAUGGAAGUAAAAAUUUUUGAAACUAAAUAUAAGGAUGUAUAAAACUUGAAUUAUUUGCAAAUUUCUAAAGUAAAAAUGAUAAAUCCUUUCGAAUCACCUCAAUACAUUAUCAAUUUUAUAAAAGAAAACAUUGAUUUGUACUUAUUGUCCUUUACUUAAUAGAAAAUAGAUAGAAUUAUUUCAGAUUUAAUAAAAAAAAGCAAGUAAUAAAUUCAGGAAUUGGAAUAGUAAUAACUUACAUAGUUAGUUCCACAAUAAAAGCAGAAUAAUAAUAAUAAUGAUACUAAGGAUUAGUUACAGCACUACUAUACAAAGAACUCAUCGAUUAAUUUCGUACAUUCUAACCCUAAUUUGGAGAGUUCAUAGAUCCAGAAAGAUCUUAACUAGAGCUAAACCCAUAAAAAGGCUAAUGAAAGAGAGUCAGCAGGAACGUUUAAUCAGAUUAUAGAAGAGGAAUUAAGUGUUUCCAAUAAAAGUGAUUAAAAUGAUGAAAUGAAUAAUGAAAAUUAAAAUUCAUUUUAAAAUAAACGUAACUAAAAAUAAUAAAGUUUAGCUGAAAUUAGUCAGAAUUUAGAAUUUUUUAGCAAUUACUAGCUUCCUCUGAUAAGCCCAGACUCAACUUAUUUUAACAUGAAGUAAUAGCAUAAUGAAAGUUCUUCACAAUUAGCAUUUUUUAAUUAGACCAAUUUAGAAAGAUAGUAUCAAGAUAACUCUUAAAGUAUGGCUUAAAUACCUGAUUAAAGUCUUAAUGAAUAAACAAAAGGUAAUUUUUAGAAAAAAAAUUCCUCUAUUUCUAAUAGUAAUGUAAGAGAUUUAAAGUAAAAUUAGUAAAAAGACUAAAUUCAGUACUAGUCAACUUUAGAAUCAAAAUUUUUUUCUCCCAGAAUAUUGAGCACAAACGCUCCCCUUGAGUCAGCAAAGAACUUACAAUCUUAUUCAAAACUGAUAAGCUCAUAAUCUUAGUAGAAGUUCUUCUCAUCUGAUGAGCUAAAAAACACAAAUUUAAAACGAUAGCAAACAUUUUAAAAUAACAAAGAUGCAAACCAGGACCGAUCUAAAAAUAGAAGGAAAAGGAAGAAUGAAGAGUACAGAGAUGACUAAUUAGAAUUUUUAUAAAAUGAUUGGCUUGCUUUUAAACAAAAAGGAUUAAAAGUACUUAGCAAAAAAAAUCAAAUGGACGAAAAGCGUCGUGUCUAUGAGUUAUAAGUAGAAAUAGCAUCAACAAGCAAAACAAAAUCUUCAAGCUCUGCUUCUGCAAAGAGACACCUUUCAAAGAUAUUAUCUACCGACCAAAGGCUUCCUCAAAUGAAAGUAAUUUAGUUUAUAGGGUUAAUUUGCUUCAUUACCAUAGCUUCAGUAACACUUUAACAGUACUUUUCUGUAAUGAAUUCUAUUAAAAACUCAUAACUUGAUUUGGAAGUUUUGGACUGGCCAUCUGAGUUUCGCUCAAAGCUCUAUUACAUGGUCAAAUAUUUUAAUCUGAAUUAUCUACUAAAUUUUAAUGACUUUAAAUUCGCUUCAGAUUAGGCAAAGGCUAAAUACGUUACAUAGAUUAAAGCAAAUCUAUUUUACUCCAAGGACAUUAUUAGAAAUCAUCUUUCAAAAUUAGAUAAUUCAAAUCCUGAUAGACUUAUAUUCUAAUAACUCAGAACAUAGACUACUUAAUUCAUAAUACCAUUAUAUUACAAUCAAAGUAUAAUAAGUCAAACUACUUCUGUUGUAGCAGAUUAGCCUGGAUAUGUAGGAGCCUAGGUAAAUAUAAGUAUAUUAUAUGCAGCUUUGAUUUUUAACUAAUUUUGUUAUUGGUAAUCUAUCGGAAUCGGAGGAAGGCCUGAAUAUUUUACAAUAGAAAAUUAAUAUAAUAUGGUAAAGGCAAUCAUUGCAACAGAACAAAAUAUUAUAGGAGUGGAAUAAAAUGAAGAUAAUAUAAUAAAUUAGCAACUUAACACUUUAAUUGGCAUAAUAUUUUCAGUAUCAGCUUGCUGUGUUGGUGUGAUUUUACCACUGUAUACAUAUAUUUAGAUAAAAAAAGAUAAAAUUGUUACUCUUUUAUCAACUUUUACAAACUAAAAAGUAAAUUCUUUAAUAAAUGACAUCUACGAAAAUUACUACAAUGACAAAUAAUUUUCAAAGUUUUAAAAAAAUACUCCAAACAAUAUUAAUUUUAUGAAGCAGCCAGACUCAAUCAAGUAGAAUAUUAGCUAGACAACUCGUCUUCCAAAAAUGAGCAAGCUAUUUUGUGCAUUUGUACUUCUAAUUUACAUAUUUAUUGUAAGCUAUCCUGUAAUAAUUAAAAUUAUUACUUCUAAUUAUCUAGAAUAGACAUCAUCAAAUCUGAAUAUUGCAAUUUAAGCAAACUCAUUAAAGGCAUACGUUGGUGAAAUAAUUUCGAUAAACUAUCAUGCUCUUGUAUUGAAGUUAUAUCCGUAAGUUAAACCUAUGAAGCUUGAAUGGUAUAUGGAUUACAUAGAUUUACUUAAUUCUUUAUCCUAGAGCUACGAGAAUUAAGUAAAUAAUUUAACAAGUGACCGCUACACAUUAAAUAGGUAUAACUAAGCAAACUACAACAAAAUAUUUUAUCCUUUGAUAGAGAAUGAUAUUUGUAAUGUCCUAAGCAAAAACCCCUAAUAUAUUAGGAAUUCAACAGUUUUUGAUGUAAAUAACUGCUAGUAUAUAUUCAAUGGCUUCUUAAAAAAGGGGUUUUAGCUCUCAUUUAAAGAAUUUUUAACAACUAUCAAAGAAGUUUCUUCAAUUUACUCUAUUCCAUCUAAUACCUAAUAGUAUACAUCAGCAUAGCAAAACCUUUUUCAAACAUUCAAUUUGAAAAAUUUCACUGACUUUCAAGAAUAUAUUGAACAAACAUUGGAUUCAAUGAAAUAUUUCAUAUAAGAUGAAAAUUAAAAAUAUUAUAACUUCAUAGUAUAAGCUUAGCUAGGAUUGAUAAUCUAUCAAAUGAUAGUAAUGGUGCUCAUAUUUGUAAUAGGGUGGUAUAUAUUUUGCUUAGAAAUGAAUAAACAAAUCAAUAAAACAAAAAAAUUUUUAUAAAUCAUAGACAUUAACACUUUAAUUGAUAACACAUAUAUUGUAACUUUUAUAAAAAACAAUUAAAAUUUCUGACUUUAAUAAAUAGCAUCUUAAACGUUUAGACACACUCACAUAAUGAAUCUAACUUUAUUAAAAUGGUAUUAUAAAAUAAUAUUAUGUUAUUUCUUAAAAUGUAUUUAUUUAUAAAUCCUUCUUAAUAUCCUUGUUAUAUUUGUUCAUUUAUAAUUUCAUUAAUAAAUUCAAAAAAAAGCGUUUAAUAUUCUUCUAUAAUUUAAAUAUCAAAUUUUAUUUAUUUGAUUAAUAAUUUGAGAUAAUUA